AGUGUUUUAUCUUCCUAGAAAGGAGACUGGCUGGGAUCCUACCAUAGAAGAGAGGAAAACCUGGAACAUUGAAGGCAGGAGGAACGCUACUUUCUCCUUGUUUAUUCUUUCCUUUUCUCCCAUCUUUCAUCUUUCAGUUAACAAACAGGGUGUGGUGGCCCUUGCCUGUUAACCUCAGCGUUCCUUCUGGAGCCUGAGGUAGGAAGGAGACCCACAUCACAAAUUCGAGGCUAGGCUGAGUUACAUAGCAAGGCCUCAUCUUAACAGCAACAAACACCUUUGAGGCAAACCGCGGGGUCCCGGUGCUUGCUUGUAACCUCAGUAUUCUAGGUGUGCGAGCAGGAGAAUAGAACUUAAAAGGCCAUCCCCUGCUACGUAGGGAGUGCCAGUCAACCUGAAGUUACAUUAGACCCCAUCUGAAAAAAGGGAGAGGGUGUGAGGAAGUGAGUGAUAGAUGUUUUUCCUUUGCCUGACUUGUCGGAUGAGGAUAAAUUUAAUAGACUCAGAUUUACAUUUUCUAGCUUGUGCAUUAAUUAAGGCAGACUGAUGGAUCCAUUCAUUUAUCCAGAGAGUAAUUUAUUGAAUGACUACCACUACCAAGAAUGGUGUCGGCUUGGAGGGCACUAGAGUAAACAAACUAAAACGUCAGCCCUCCUGCAGCCUACGUGGGGGAGCAAGGUUGGCAUGUAGGCUCUUGUGUCUGUAAUCCUUGCCCUUAGAAAGCUGAAGUAGCCGGGCAGUGGUGGCACGUGCCUUUAAUCCCAGCACUUGGGAGGCAGAGGUGAAGAGACCCAGAUUCGGGCCUCUAUCAGGCCGAGGCCGUGCACUGAAGGACGACGAGACCAGGCGAUCGGAUGCAAGAGCAAAGAGGCUUUUAUUUAGGGCUUCGGGUACCGGGCAUCUGCUCUCAGGAGAGUGGCGCGCGGAUGUACUCAGGUUACUUCGUUCUUGUGAAAUUAUACAUCUACCUCAGAGGGCAAGGAAAGUAACUGAGGAAGAAUGGAAGACUUUAAGGAAGAGGUAGAAGCCUUGGAGUCUCCUUCAGAGAUUUUACAACCUGAGGUUGCUGUGGUGGUGACCGGAGAGCCACCUGAAGCUCUAGAAGAAGAUCUAGAUUAUGAAGAAGAAGAAGAGACCUCUCCAGAAGUCAUAGAGUCAUUGUCCCUUCUAGAUGUGCUGAGGGUGUCUGCAGUCAUGGAGGACAUCAUUGACCAGCUCUCUAUUCUAGGCUACAUCAUUCCGAUUCAGUAUGAAAGAAGGCAGAGCCUCAGCCAGAAAAGCAGCCAUGAAGGAGCAUCUAUGGUUCCUACCACACCAAAAAUAUCUGGUUCUUUGAUAAGUAAAGAAAAAUCCAUGGUGUCAGAAAGCAAACAGAGAGGGCAGGAUUUUACCUUUAAAAAACCUACAAAGCAGACCAUGAUGACUCUGGAGACUCUGAAGAAAAUUCAGAAUGACAGGCAAUAUUUCAGUGAUGUGAUUGGAAAUGCCAUGAUGGAGAUGCAAGACUCUGGCUCUUUCACCAGUCUCCUGGAAGCCUUGGGCAAGGAAAGGAACAGCAAAAUGAAUUUCCAUGAUGUCAUCACAAGGGAGGAAAAGGGAAGAAAACAGAUAAAAUCUCUUCAAAAACAGUUAACUGAUGUCAAAAGGGAGCGUCAAAUGCAAGUACAGAAUGGGAACGAAUACAUUGCUCACCUCAGGGACCAGUUACAAGAGAUGAAGGCAAAAACCAACUUGGAGAAUCUUUAUAUGAAAAGAAAUACUGAACUGCAGAUUUCCCAGACCCAGAAGAAAUGUAACCGAGCAGAAGAGCUCUUGCUGGAGGAGAUUGAGAAACUGAGGAUGAAAACUGAAGAGGAGAACCGGGUUCACACGGAGAUUGAAAUGUUCCUUAAAAAACAGCAGCAGAAACUUGAGGAGAAGCUAGAGUUCUGGAUGGAGAAAUUUGAUAAAGACACAGAAGCGAAGCAGAAUGAGUUAAAUGCUCUCAAGGCCGCCAAGGCCAGUGACCUAGCACAUCUUCAAGACCUGGCAAAGAUGAUCCGGGAGUAUGAGCAGGUCAUUAUUGAGGACCGGCUAGAAAAGGAGAAGACCAGGAAGAAGUUGGAGCAGGAAGACCUUGAGCUGAAGAGCAUUGUGAAGCUCCAGGCCUGGUGGCGAGGUACAGUGGUCCGGAAGGAAAUUGGAAGUUUCAAAAUGCCCAAGAAAGAUAAAGAUGACAGCAAAGACUCAAAAGGCAAGGAGAAGGAGAAGAGGAGAAAGAAGUAAGGAGUUUCUGUUGGUCCUUCUCAGGCCUCGAGACAGGAGUGGUGCUGCCACAGCACCUUCCUCUGGGCUCACAGACGCCUAAGGGAGUCCGCUCUGUCUGAUACUCUAGCUUUCAAACUCCAAUGAGGGCUAUCACAUGGCUCUAGGCCCUCUUCAGACUAGAUUCUGGGAGGAGCUAUGUUGAGUAGCUUUGUGAAUAUCUUUAUUCUUUCACCAGAAAGCAGUUCACUGGCUUAUAGUUAAGUAUUAAAAACUGACACAUCUGA